AUGCCCCUCCUCAAACGCAAAGCUAAGGAUAAACCGCAAAAGCCCCCCAAACCCACCAAAGAAACCCGCCUGGAGCUGGACCUGCGCAAUGGACGUGUUAUUCUCACCCGCACACCCGUUGCCGUCCCAGUCCCCGCCGCAUCCGUACCUCCUCCACCACCACCAAAUCCCACCCCGACCCUCACUUCUCCACCUCUCCCUGACCGGGGACUACCUCCGCCACCCUAUCUACCCCAGAAUGAAGAGCCUAACCCCACCCAACCCGACCUCGCCCUCGUUCCCGUAGAAGAAGCAAAUGAUUGGCUAAGUCUGGGGUAUAGAAUGCUUCCGGCCGUCCAGGCCGUGGGGACGGGGCUUGUGGCUGUGGCAGGAGUUAUAGGAGUGUGGAUGGAGAUGGAAAAGGAGAGGAGGAAGGGGGCUACGGGAGGGAAGUAG